AAAAUGUAAGCAGUACUCCAUAUAUGGACGAAUUGGGGCUUUGUAAAGUAGGAGUCUAUGCUGAGGAGUGAAAUACUCCUUUGCCUUGUUCAGAGCCAAGUUAUAUUAGAAUCUAUUGGUCUCAUUAAGAUCUUCCAUAUAAAUUUCUUUCUUAAAUAUCUCCCAUGUACAGUACAUUGUCUAAUUACAAUUUUAUUAUAUUGUUAAGAUUUUUGUAUAACAUUUGUACAGUUUUCAGUUCGCGCUUAGUGUCAAUAGUGCUAAAAUAGUUUUUGCCAUGCCAUAGCGACGUGUAAUUAGCGAAUUACUGGAGCCUAAUACUUUUAUCCGACCUUUCAAUUAAACAACAUCCUAAUUAAAAUAAUUUCCAUGAUCAUAUGGUACCAUUUUACUACAGCGAGACGGAUCUUACACAGUGUGCUUAGUGCAAAAAUCAGUGGACAAAAUGGACAAAUUGUACCAUUAUGUAGAAUCGGCCGUAGUUAAUUUUAAAUUAAAUUAUUGUUGCUGGAUAGCGCCUGUUAGGAUAGGUAUAAUAAUAAUUGGAUAUUUUAAUUUAAUUGCUGCUAUAGUGUCCUUGGUGGGUACUGCGAACGAAACCUUUUCACCCACUAUUAUGAAAGUUCAAGAGAUAAUACUGGAAGAUAACGCAUCCAAGCCAAUACCAAUUUUAGCGUACUCUAUGGAAAUGUCUUUUACUGUCUUGUUGUUGUGCGGCAUGUAUCGGAAUGAUAUUGUUUUGUUACGUGUCUAUAUAUACUACACAACAGUGACUGUGGUUACAUCUAUUCUCGUGUAUUCUAUGGUCAUUGCUGUUAUAGACGUACUCCUAAUAAUUACGAUUAUUUUUAGUACAAUAUUCCAAGUCUACAUGCUACUACUAGUGUGGAGUGCUAUAGUACAAAUAAGGGAGGAGGAGCUAGCAAAUAAAAAUGGGAAUAUAAAAGUAGUAUACAGUUGUGCAGAUGAAGAGAUAAAGGAGAUGACCACGAAGCCAGUGUCCGAUGUCGAAGCACCCGAGGAAUCAGAGGCUGGCCCUUGUCCAAUCAAUGGUGAAAAGAUAAAGGAUAGCGACUCUAAAUUAGAAACAGUUGAGGAGGAGUCGAAGGAAGCUUGAAAUAAUACUUCAUUUAUUUACAUGUAUCACAUAUAUUUAAAAAUAAAUGUCACAAAUUUUCAUUUUUCUAAAUUUUCAAGACUUGGUCGUUGAGUUCAUGGAACCCAGGUUUUUUAGAAAUAUUUGCGCCUAAAUCAUUUUUAUAUUCCUACGAUAUCUAACUUAGAUCUACAAAUUAGAUAAAAACAAUCAUAUUAGGUAAACGUCUUUUUCUUUUAUCUGUAUCUAAAUGGGUAUGACAUGAUUCGGAAUUAUUAUAGGUAGACCCAGGCAAAAUAUCAUAGAAAAAAUUUAUAGAUGUGGGAAUCAGUUUUAUAACACUUAAGUACUUAUUUAUUAAAAAUGUUUUGAACAAAUAUUAAUAAAAAAAUACUAUUAGAAUGACAUUAAAAAAUAACAAAUUAAACAAUCAAAUAAAUUAUUUAACUAAUGACAUUACAAAAGAGAGAUUCUU